CCCCGCCCCCUCGGUGCCGCCAUCUUGGGGUCGGAGAGCCGCAGCCGCCGGCCAAGCCCAGCCCAGGGUCCUGCGCUGCGACAAGGCCAGCCAACCCCUCCGCUACUGGGAAGACGCCAGACCCGCAGUUUGGAGAAGGAUCCCUGUUCUGCUGGCAGCCUGGCAAGUGCAGGGUUGUCUCCGAGGCACAGGAGCCCACGACUGCCAUGCGGAUACAGGAUACGUCCCUCCCUAUCUGCAAGGAACACCAGGCCUCCUGGCUUCAGAGUCAGGUGAAAGGCCGUCUCUGCAGAUGGCUUCGUGACAAGCGUCUCUGAUCUGGAGACAAACAUACGGUUGGAGGUCUCCAAAUGAUACACCCCGCUCCUGAACCUCAGGAUAAAGCUGCACUCCUCGAGGGCUGGCGGAGCUUCAUGAGCUAUGGAGAAAUUUGGCAUGAAUUUUGGUGGUGGUCCCAGUAAAAAAGACCUUCUGGAGACAAUUGAGUCACAGAAGAAGGAGCUCCUCUACUAUCAGGCGCGGUUGAAGGAUGUGGUGCGGGCCUAUAAGAGCCUGCUGAAGGAGAAGGAAGCCCUGGAGGCCAGCCUCAAGGUGCUGUCUGUGUCCCAUGAGGCGGACGUUGGCCAGAGGGUGGGCCACCCUCUGGGACUGGCUGGCUCCAGCCCAGACCCAAGUGACGACAGGACUUCUGUGCACAGCGAGGACAGCGCGGGGACAGCUGCCAGCCUGGCCAGCAACAGGGGGGAGCCUGGCCAAGAGGAGGAGAGGGUGGCCGGGACGGCCUCUCCCCCCAAGCUCGAGGAGACGAGCAGUUCGGAGAGCGGUGUCAGCUCUGGCGGCGGGGACCCCAGCGAGGCCGACCGGAGGCUUCUCCAGCUGAAGGCCCAGCUGGCCACUGUCACCAGCGCCCUGGCCACCGUCACCCAGGAGAAGUCGCGCAUGGAGGCCUCUUACCAAGCAGACAAGAAGAUGAUGAAGCAGGACUCGGAGGAGCUGAGCAGGAGGGCGGAGGAGGAGCGAAGUGGGUUGGAGUGCGAGCUGAAGUGGACCCAGGAGCAGCUAGCAGAGGUCAAAGCCCGCCUGAUCACGCAGCAGCACGACCGGGCUCAGGAGCAAAGCGACCACGCGGUCAUGCUGCGUGAGCUGCAGAGGCUCCUGCAGAGCGAGCGUGCCCAGCGGCAGGAAGCGGAGCUGAACUUGGAGGAGACCAGAGAGGCGCUGGCUGGGAAAGCAGGGGCGGCUGACCGGGUGGAAGGCUGUGAGCGCCACGCCAAGCAGUUGGCCCAGGAGGUGGAGAGCCUCAGGAAAGCGCUGCAGGCCUCGCAGGAGGAGAACCGCAGGCCUGACCCUCGGCUGCAGGAGCUGCAGGGCGAGAUGGCUGCCCUCCAGAGCCACUUCCAGGCCCAGCUGCUGCAGGAGAUGAGAAAGACUGCUCAGGCGGAGGAGCGUGUCCAGGUGGACGAGCAGAGGGUGACCAGCCUCGAGGCCCAGAUGUCGGAGGUGUCCGAACUUCUGGGGACCUAUGAAAAGGCCAAACAGAAGGACCAGCUGACCAUCCACAAGCUGAAGGACCGAAUUGCCCAGCUGGAUCUGGAGAACAAGACGCUGGCCAUGGCUGCCUCCGGCCGCUCCCCGCUGGACGUUCCCCUGGAGGAGAGCAACCUGGAUGUCAACGUCCUGCGGGAGAAGAUGGAGAAGUUGAGGCACUUGGUGCAGGUGGCUGCAAAGCACGGCCAGUCCCUCCCGGCUGUGGAGGCGUUCUGCCAGCUGGAACUGCCCAAGGGCACAGAGGCUGGGGAUGGAGAGAAGGCCACGGCCACCUACUACCAGCAGGAGCUGAAGCAGCUGAAAGAAGAGUUUGAGAGGUACAAGCUGAGAGCGCAGGUGGUCCUCAAGAACAAGUCGGCCAAAGAUGGCAGCCUGGCCAAAGAGCUGGAGGACGCGCAGGAGCAGCUGGCAGAGCUGAAGGAGAAGUACAUCUCCCUCCGGCUCUCCUGCGAGGGGGUGGAGAAGCAGCACCAGGAGCAGCUGGAGGCCAAGAAGCAAGAGAUCUCCCGUCUCCAGCAGGUCCACAGGCAGGAGCUGGAGCGGUGCCAGGCGGGCCACAGGGAGAAAGUUCUCAAAGUGGAGGAAGAGAUGCACAAGCAGCGGGACCGAGCUCUGGCUGUGUUGGCAGAGAAGGACCAGGAGCUGGAGCACCUGAGGACCGUGGUCUUGCCCUGCGGCCUCCAGGGAGCCAAAAGGGGCCUUGGGCCAGGCCUCCCAGCCAGCAGCAGCAGCAGCCCUGACCCGCUGGGGGCAGAGUCCCUGGAGACCCUCACCCAGGCACUGCGCCUCACGGCCCCCAACGAGCCCAGCUUCCUCUUAUAUACGGAGCAGCUGGCGCGGAAGGAAGUGGAAGUGGCUGCCCUGAAGAGACAGAAGCACCGGCUGGAGGCAGAGGUGCACCACUUCCAGGAGAGGUUCCUGGAGGAAGGAGAAAAGCACAAGGAGGAGGUCGCCGCUCUCCAGAGCCACAUCCAGAAGGGCUGCAGGGACCGGAGCAGGGAAGGGGCCAACCUGGAGUAUCUCAAAAACAUUUUCUAUCGGUUCCUAACCCUGACAGACUUGCUGGGUCGGCAGCAAACGCUGACGGCCAUCCUGACCAUCCUUCACUUUAGCCCCGAGGAGAGGCAGGUGGUUUUGAGACACGUGGGGGGCAGCCACAGCUGGUGGCCCUCGGGGAAGAGAUGAAGCUCCCCUCCGCUGGGCCAAAGGAGCAGCUUCCCUCCCUGGGCCAGUACCCAGGGGAUGGUUGCCAUUCUAAUGAGGGGUGUGGGGAAGGGGAGAUGACCCUGGGACCAGCCCACCUCAACUCUGCCCCCCCCCCUCGCUGAGCUGCAGGUUGUGCAGCCGGGCUGUGGGGUGGGCUUCCCUGCCCCCAGGAUUUCCCGGAGAUCUUUAAGGGGGCCUCUGCUCAGGAGCAGGUGAAUUUUUCCGAGUUCUUUUUGUUUCUUGCUUUAACUAUACCAGCUAUGAAAGGGGAGGGGGAAUGCUUUGAACCCUAAUGGCGUUCUUCCCUGUUUGUGAUUGGGUAAUAAAAAGAGCCUCGACUGCCCAUCCUCUGGGCCAAGUCCUUGUUGCCCUUGAAACGUUCCUGCGCUCCUGGGCAGCAGUGGAGCGGUCUCCAGUGGGCAAGGCGAGGGCGCCAGCCUUGGUUGGAGCUUGCCUGCAAUGGAGGGUGCGCUUUUGCAGCUGGGGGGGGGGCAAUGGCAAAGGCUACCAAAUUCUGGCUGCAGGGCCCAGCCAGCCCCUGCUCUGUGGCUCUAGCCUGGUCCCGGUCACUCACGGACAAGAAGGGUCAGGGUAAGGUCUGCAUCACCCUGCGCCCUGCACCACCUGAACCCGCUUGGCCUCAGGCCCCUGCCUGCCUCCAAGGUCGUUACAAGGUUGGGGGGGGUGUACCUGUGUGGUAUGGUGGUUAGAGGGUCAGACUGGGGAAGCAGGACUCAAAUCCCCAUUCAGCCACGAAACAUCCUGGGCGACAAUGGCACAUCCGCUCAGCCUAGCCUACCUCAGAGUUACUGAGGGGAUAAAAGGAAGGAGAACCAUUUCUGCCACCCUUGGUUACUUGCAGGCAGCGCGGGGUAAUAAUGCGAAAGACAGACCUCUGUGCCCUGGGCCUCUGUGAUUUGCGCUCUGGGCAUGUGGCCUUUUCUGACAAUAAAGAACAUGAAGACAUGCAGGCCUCGUGCACGAGCCUUCUUGGGAGGAAGUCUGGCUCCUAGGCACCAGAGUGCGCAUGGGCGGAGAGCCGUCCAGAGAACUUAGGGUGCCCCUAGGAGACUCUUGGGCACUAUGCAUUUUAUGGGGGAAGCUGUAUGUGAAGCUGAAAGUGACUGAUAGAUGAGCUUUGCCUCUUCGCUGAAGAGAAUCUCUGCAUAGUAAUAUAGCAAAAGUAUUUGAUGUUUCCAAUUGAACUGGAUGGAUCGUGCGAAUUGGGAUGUGUUGGAAAACCAGCCGCCGCCUCUUUCAGGCACAAGUUUAGGAAGUGCUCCGUAGUCAGACAUUUUCGGCAGUCUCUUCUCAAUGAAAUUAUCAAACAGAGCAAUUCCAAACCACCCAAGGCAUUUUCUACUAGGGCUCUUUCCCCAGUUGUGUCCAGGAAAUAUCUAAGGGCGUAGUUCUUGAUCGUUCAAAUGCCGCAAACAUGUUACUUGCACAGGACUGUUAAGAAGAUAAAGCUUGAAUAUUAAAUUCUGGGUAAAGGAAGUCAGAGAGAAGAACGCUGUGUAAACCGAUUGAAUUUGUCAGGUUAAGACACUUAUCAGGCCAGCUGAGCCUACUUCUCAGGGAGCUGGAAACAUUUAAUAUUGGAAAAAAGAAUUCCACAGACCUUGAUAUAGUCAACUGCUUUUUUUUUUUAAAGCAGCAUGAAAAGGAAGUGGGUGAAGGCAACCAUGAAUUGGAGUUAAUGACUUGGCAAGCAGCCUAAGUAAAUCAGAAUACAUGCCCUAUACAUAACUCAGGCAGACAAGCAGACGAUUAUAUAGUAUUCCUGCAGAGUCUGUAUUCUGACUUAUUUACAGUUGACUUGCUUACGCUUGUACAUGCAUUAAAAAAUAAAAACAGAAAUCAAGCUGUCACAUGA